CUUUCGCAGCCAAAGAGAAAAACAAGAAUAGGGUUUAAGCUUCUUACUGUACAUAGCCAUGGAGGGUUUUAGUUUCUCUCUCUAAUCUCUCUUUCAUCCUGUGCACGUAUGGCACAAACUACUCUCCUUCCUCUUCUCCUCCGCCGCCUUAGACCCAUUUAUCCUCUCUUUCCGUCUCAUCUCAUCACGACCCGACACUUCUCUUCUCACGACUCCCCUCACUCCAAUGCCGCAACCAGUUCCUCUACUUCUUCUAAUCAAUCUAACCCUUCAUCUCUCUCAUCUCGAAUGAGCUUCGUCUUCGACCAAAUCGAUGCUAUUGAGAAAGAACGGUCACAGAAAGACGACGCUCUCCUGCGGAUCCGUGCUUGGCGCGAAUCGAAGAAGAAUAAAACUAUUGAAGGUACUAGAACAGAGAUUGAGAGUAAUCAACUGGGUUCAAGUGAAUCGAUGGAAGUUGAAUCAACUCCGGUGGAAUUGGAAGGGGAGGAAGUGGUGGUGGAGAAGAGGGGAGAAGGGUUGUUAGGAAGGAAACUUCAGUUGGUUCAUCCGUGGAAAGAAUGGAUAGAUUUUAUGGAGAGGCUGGUGCGGCAGAAUUACUUUGAUCAUCGGAGGAAGGAUGAAGAUAAGAUGAUUGAGGAUUUGGGUUUUAGGAUAUCUGAUGCUAUUGAUGAAGGGUUUGAUUUUACAAGGGAUUGGAGAACGGUUCAGACUGCUGUUGUUAAUUUUGGCAAAGAUCGGUUUGAUAUCUUGAGGUCAUUGUCGAGACAGGAUAUCCAAGUUUUGGUUGGUCAUGGAUGCCCUAGUUCCGACAAAAGAGUGGUUUAUUCAGCAAAACUGUUGAGAAAAUACUCCCACGUUGAUGAAGGAGAUGUUUGUAGUUCUUGCAGUUUGAGGAAUUCCUGUGAAAAAGCAUAUCUUCUUACAAAUAAAGAGGAUGAAGCACAGACUAUUGAUGUUAUGCGUGUCUUAUUGACGUAUGGAUUUGAUCCAGUGAAUGGGUCUGUUGUUAAUGAGCCCCUUCUGAAAAUAAAAUCAAUCAAGGCCGUUGUGCGUAAGCUACUUCAUGAAGUUGUCAAGCUUAGUGCAGUUCCAAUAGAUCCCAAUCUUCCUCCUCCUGUAAAGAAAAUUCCUCCGCCAAAAGUGAAACAACCACCUCCCCCUCCAAGACGAGUUGGACGUGAUGAUAUUGAAAUGAAGAGAGGAGAUUGGCUAUGCCCCAAGUGUGACUUUAUGAAUUUUGCAAAGAAUUUAGCUUGCCUGCAAUGCGAUGGCAAGCGCCCCAAAAGACAGCUUCUUCCAGGAGAAUGGGAGUGCCCCGAGUGCAAUUUCUUGAAUUACAGAAGAAACAUGGUAUGUUUCCACUGCGAACAUAAAAGACCACCAGACGAAUACACCGAGCAAGAUAUGGGACGAAAAGAACACAUUUCAAAAUCCCCUAACCGAGCCGAAGUCUCAGGUUCUUGGAACUUCGAUUUUGACGACGACGAAUCCGACGGAGCAGACGUUGCAGCAUUCGAGUACGCCGAUUCUCAUAAACGCGACGGCGAUGAUAAUAAUAAUUAUUCCCUUGGUAAUAAUCGCCAAACUCUCAGAAGGCUUGAAGAAACUUCCUUUUCGAGAGGACAACAAAGAGACGAACCCGAUCGUGCAGGAUUCGAUGAUUUCGACGACGAAGAAGAAGAUAACAUCGACAGCUACGAUAUUCAAACUCAAGGCCAUUCUAAGCCUUCAAUUGGAUUCUCCGACAUUGAAAGUGAUAACGAAUCUGAUGACAUCGGUACUGACGUAACCCAAAACCGAUCUAGUCAGAAAACACACAGUAGAAACCGUGGUGGUAUUACUCACGACUCUGACGAAGACUACGGAAUAAGUUCUGAACCUGACGAUUUAGACGAUAGAAUUGGUUCAAGGCGUACCAACACAAAGCGCGCUGUUAGUUAUGGAUCUGACGAUGAUUACGGAGUAAGUUCUCGAGCUGAUGAUUUUCUAGACGAGAGAGUUGGAUCUCGGCGUGAUAGAGAUGAUGACCUAAAGCCUCGAGAAAGGAACCGGCAAUACGAUGACAAUGAAUUCAAUAGAUCUCCGGGUAAGAGCCAUAGGAAACGAGAAUAUGGGAAUGACUUCAUUCGUUCUGAAGGUGGUAGUUCUCAAAGAGAUAAUAACUAUAGGAGGCAGAGUAUGAGGGAAAGAGAUGGCGACGAUUCUCAUAAAUUUGGACGGUCUGGUGGUCGGAGGGAAGGAGGAGGGUUUAAUGAUCGUGGUAAGGAACGGUUUGGUGGUCGGAGGGAAGGAGGGUUUAAUGAUCGCGAGAGUCGGUCAGAUAGGAAAAGAGGAUUUGGCGACGAGAGACCUCGGUUUGGUGGUCGGAGGGAAGGAGGAUUUAAUGAUGGUGAGAAUCGGUCGGAUAGGAAAAGAGGGUUUGGCGACGAGAGACCUCGGUUUGGUGGUCGGAGAGAAGGAGGGUUUAACGAUGGUGAGAAUAGGUCGGAUAGGAAAAGAGGGUUUGGCGACGAGAGACCUCGGAGGCCUCGAGGUAGCACAAGGUGAACGAACUUUUAAGGUAAACUAAAACCACACCUUAGUUUUGGUGAAAGUGUAAAACAUAGGAUUUUGAGUAUAUUAUUGAUUGUUUUCCAUGGUUGGAAUUAGACAAAAAUUUAACUAUUUUUUU